AAGAGCACAACAAACUAUAAUUUUUUAUGGCUUUGUUAUAUAUUUUAAACUUGACCAAAGGAAUGUGUGCUUUGGCUUUUACCAGGUAGACCAGAAUUGCAGAACUAUGUGAACUCAUUGCUCAGUCCACAGUCAUUUGACAGGAUGACCCAUUUCUGUGCACUUACCUGUAGUUGAUCCCACUGCUUUUUAUCAUGUCUGAUAGUCAAGUAGUGCAAAUCAAGCACAAAACAUGGUAUUGAUAGUCAGGUGACUUGAUAUAUAGAAGUCAGCUGUUUCUUGGACAACAACACACAUUAGGACUCUAAAUCACAAUUUUGUUAUUUUGUGAUCUUUGCAGAAUAAAUGUUCCUGCUAGCUAACCCUUAAAAUAAUUAACAACAUAUGUUACAAAGUUGAUUUGAGAUUCGGUGAUGGUGUAGCCAGUAAUGGGGUGGGGAUAUGCGUAUGACCUUGAAUAUAAGUAGGAAGGAACAUGCUAACUACAUGACCUGACAUGAAGAGUUGUGUUGAAGAAUGAGGACUGCGCAAACCAGAUGUCAUUGGCUGUGGGCACCAAAACUGGAUACAGACUCUUCUCCGUGACCUUGGUGGAUAAACUGGACUGCAUUCAUGAAAGCACAGAAACUCCAGACGUGUAUAUCGUGGAAAGGCUUUUCUCCAGCAGCCUGGUGGUGGUGGUGAGUCAGUCAAUGCCACGUCGCAUGAAUGUCUACCACUUCAAAAAGGGCACAGAGAUUUGCAACUACAGCUAUUCGAACAACAUCCUUGCAGUGCGCCUGAACAGACAGAGACUGGUUGUUUGUCUGGAGGAAUCCAUCUAUAUCCACAACAUAAAGGACAUGAAACUUCUUAAGACCCUUCUCAACACACCAUCCAACCCAUCAGGUCUGUGUGCUCUCUCCAUCAACCAUUCCAACUCUUUCCUGGCAUACCCAGGCAGUGACACCAUCGGCGAAAUUAUUGUCUACGACGCCAACAAUCUGAGCACUGUGACGAUGAUCCCAGCCCAUGAUAGUCCCCUGGCUGCCAUUACCUUUAACGCCUCCGGCACUAAACUGGCCAGUGCCUCUGAAAGGGGCACUGUGAUUCGAGUGUUCUCUAUACCAGAGGGUCAGCGUUUGUUCGAGUUUCGCCGGGGAAUGAAAAGGUAUGUCAACAUCAGCUCCCUUUCCUUCAGCCCGGAUGCUCAGUUUCUCUGUGCCUCAAGCAAUACAGAGACGGUGCACAUUUUCAAGCUCGAACAGCACAGCCCAAGUGGGGAGGAAGACAAUCCCUCUUGGUCAACAUAUGUAGGUAAGAUGUUCACAGCAGCCAGUAGCUACCUCCCUGCACAGGUGUCAGGCAUGAUGAGUCAAGACCGAGCCUUUGCUACCGUCCGUUUUCAAAUGGCCGGUCAGAAGAAUGUCUGUGCCCUGGCAACAAUCCAGAAGCUUCCACGAUUGCUUGUGUCCUCUUCUGAUGGGCAGCUAUUCAUCUAUAACAUUGAUCCUCAAGAUGGUGGCGAGUGCACUUUGGUGCAGAAGCACAGGUUGUUCGGAUCAGAUAAUGAGCAGGACGAGACAGAAAAAUCGGAACUUUCAGAACCACCACAAGCAGGCCAGUCUUAUGCCGCCACUGUGGCCAUUCCCACCUCUGGACCCGUCACGGCCACUCUCACAGGGUACUCAGAGGACGGGGGAGCUAAAAAGGGUGAAGUGAUUCCUGAACACGAGUUUGCUGCCGGGCCCGUGUGCCUGGAUGACGAAAAUGAAUUUCCUCCCAUAAAUUGGUGCCGUGACGGAUCUGGGAGAGGCAAAGGGAGACGACCGUGAGAGGGUAGAGAUCAGGUGGAGGCCGUCGCUGUCACAGGAGGAUCCUCAGUGCAUGAUCAAGGACAAAAAAAAAGUUUAACUUCAGGGUGCUAAUUUAUUAACGGAACGUUGAAAUGCUAAUAUCUUAAUUUCAUUUGGUCAGGGAUUUGGGUCAUUGUCACUCAGACCCCUGAAGGGUGUGUUAUAAAUAAGGUGCAUGACUGAAAUAUAACCAUAUAUUGUUAUAGUUGCGUAAGACAUAUUAAUUAAGUCGUAAUACUGUAGCAUUUUAUUACUUUAAUUUUUAACACCCAUCAUAUUAAAUCUUAAGAAAAGAAUUACUUUUUUAUAUAUUGUUUUGCUGUAUUGACACUUAAUAUGUUUACAUGUCGCCAUCCUGAAUACUAAUACACCGGGAUGUUUUGUAUGUAUGUGCCUAUGAUAUUGUAAGAGUGCAAAGUUUUUUGCUGGAUUGCUCAAGACCAAAAGAUUAAAAAAGAGAGAUGAAUAUGUAGGAAAUAUAUUAGGAAUGAAAAUAUGCAAAGCAUC